AUGAGGCGUUUCUCCAAAUUUGUACGUGUUUGCUCCCCAUUGAUGAGGUGGGAAUCCGUAACACCCUCGGACAUUCGUGCUGAGGUUAAUGCUUUGCGUAAGCGCGUAGGGGUCAUUGAGGAGACUCAAUCUCUCCAGGCUCUAUUGGCGUUUUACAGUUCCCGUCCCCUACAUCAGUUGAAUAGUCUUGAUGAGGUUGUGUACUACUGUACGAGGCCGGAUUACAACGCCGAAAUCUUCUGCCAUAUGGAACUACCUGUUCUCCUUUCUCGUCUUAUUUCGGCUAUUGAUGCACUUCCAUGUGGACUCAAUGCUAUGCCAACUGUGUUAUUGGUACGAAACACGUAUUUGGACUCAUUCAAAAAGCUGAUUAAGUGCGAUUUCCCCGAAGAUGAAGGAACAGUAGCCUGUUUUCACAAAGUGCUUACUGAAAUCGAGGAUGCACAUACACAACAAGAUAUCUUGCUCAGUAUGGCGACAGGUCUUCUUGAACUGAAGAAUCUGCUUUCACGCCAUAGACUAUUUAUUCUCAAAAGUAGAAAAAUGAAGUCAAGAAUGGACGCCGAAUACGUGUUGCAUGAAGGUUUGAUGGCGCUUACAAAACCAAUGGAUGCUUUUAGCGUGCUCAUGGUCCAGUACAACUUUUUGUCACGCAUGCUACUCAACCUUAGGAGAGGACACGAUAACAUGAUAGGAAUGGUUGAUCUUCAAAUUGAUCUUGAAAAAGUUGUGCGAAAUGCAGUCGAUGACGCAAAGGAUAUUUGUACCAAUCACUAUGGUGACUGUCCCGAUGUGAAGUUCAUUAUAUCAAAGGAUGCGGAAUUGAUGAAGUUUCCACAUAUGAGCUCAACUAUAUCGUAUGUCGUCCUGGAAGUGAUGAAGAAUGCGUUUCGGGCAACAGUAGAAGCCCAUAUGGAACGCAAUUCCUUAGGAAUUGUGAGCUGUGAGAAUAUGCCUCCUGUAGAGGUUCUCGUAAAUAUUAAAGAAAACGCCCAACAUGCAUGUAUUUGUGUGUCUGAUGAAGGUUUGGGAAUGACACAGGUCGAUGCUGAAAUGGCGAUGACUUAUGCGUAUACUUCCGUGGCAAAACCUCUUCUCAGACUUGGAGAUAAGACCCAUCUAGAGGGUGGGGGUACGGUUUCCCCUCUUGCUGGUUUUGGUUUUGGGUUACCCAUGUCAAGAGUUUAUGCAAGAUGCUUUGGUGGCGAUCUCGUAAUGUGUACCAUGGAGGGAUACGGGACCCGCGUCUAUUACUUCGUCAAACUGUGA